CACCCACUGCGCUUGUAUUAUUCUUGCAUUGACGAGUAUCGUAUCACAGGAAUUUUUGUACUGUAAACUGCUAUGUCUUGGACGCCCAAUCCGAACGCUAAACCGUUUUAUCCGACAAAUAUUUCCCAUAACUUUAACACACCUUGUUUUCCACGAGCUUGGAAUUUUUGCCUGAAGAGAUUAAUAAGGAAAUGUUUCAAAUGGCUGCUCAUGUUCAUUUUGAUUUUAACAACAAUGGUGAAUGUCUUAUUUGUUAUGAACACUAAACCCAAGGACAGAAAUGAUCUAUACGGACUUCCAAAUCAUUAUAGAAAGAAUGGACAGAUUGAAGAGAAGAGAGCAAUUAAUAUGGAUGAUAAAGAUUGUUGUAAGAUAAUCAACAUUGAAGUUCACUCCAGUAAAGAUAAUGUAUAUGUAUCAGUGAAUGGAACAAAGGUAAUGGAGGAAGAGACUUAUACAAGUGAUGCAGGUAGAGGUAUCCACGUCACUGUUCUUCAUCAAUCAACUGGAGCAAUGAUGGCAACGAAAGUAUUUGAUACAUAUAUGUCAAAACAAGAGAGUGCUAACUUGGUUCUUUUUUUAAAUAUGAUUUCCGAUGGACGAAUUUUGUGUUUUGCAGUAAAGGAUGAAAUUACACUUAACUUAGAGAAAACUGCUCGAGAUUUGCUGAAAAGUCUUGGUAGUGUUUAUGUUGAUGAACUAAAAUAUAGGGAUAGCUGGUCAUUUAUCGUCACAAAACGUGGCCAGAAAUACUCAGAGAAACAUCACCGCACAACAGACACAUCAAACUGGGGUGAGCCUGUCACUGCUCGUGCUACAGUUAAUCUUGUUCCUGCUAAACAAUCUCAAUGUGCUUGGGAUGACAGUGAAGAAUCAAAGCGAAGAAGAAUGUUUUGUGAUAAGUUUGAAGGCUAUGGAAGUUUAUGCAGUUGUAAUAAUCCUGCUCCAAUUGAAAUUAAAACAACACCGUUGAAGUUAGAAAAAGUUCAAGACAUUCCUGUUGCUGUGAUUGCUAGUAACAGGCCACAUUACCUUUAUCGUGGCUUACGUUCAAUGUUGUCAGCUCAUGGAGCAAAGAAGGAGUUAUUUACUGUAUUUAUUGAUGGUUUCUUUGAAGAACCAGCUGCUGUGGCAAGGCUGUAUGAUGUAAAAGUCGUGCAGCAUAUUCCUAUUAGCUGUGGGAUAUCUAGAAUAGCACAGCAUUACAAGCGAACACUGACAGAGACGUUUAAUGCUUAUCCCAAUGCUCGGUAUAUGAUUAUUUUGGAAGAAGAUUUAGACGUAUCUGUGGACAUAUUCAGUUAUUUUAAUCAAUUGUUGCCUUUAAUGGAUACAGAUGAAAGUCUGUACUGUAUAUCGGCGUGGAAUGAUCAGAGUUACAAUCACACGUGUAAUGAUCCUGCAAUGUUAUACCGUGUAGAAACAAUGCCUGGUUUAGGAUGGUUACUAAAACGACGUCUUUAUAAAGAUGAACUUGAGCCAAAAUGGCCCAAACCUGAUCAUUUUGCAAAUUGGGAUGAAUGGAUGAGGAUUGACAGGAUCAAGAAGGGACGUGAGUGUAUCAUUCCGGAUAUUUCAAGAACGUAUCAUUUUGGCGCUAAAGGCCAGCAUAUAAAUAAUGUCCUUCAAGAAUCUCUUUUCAAGACACGCAGUUUAAAUACUGUCGCUAAUGUUAAAUUUAAUGUUCGUUUGCUAAUAAAGAAGAAUUAUGAAAAUGAGAUCGAACGGUUGACCAGGUUAGCUGAGCCAUUGAAUCACAGUAAAAAUCCUUGUAAGAACGAGACAGAUUUUGUUCCAGAAACAUCCGGUAAAACAUAUAUAUUGUAUAUUGAAAUGAAACAUGCUAAAGACUGGACAACAUGGAAUAAUAUAGCGACAUGUUUACGAAUCUGGAACUUAGAUGCUCGAGGAUUUCACAAAAGUAUGUGGAGAUUAUGGUUAAAGGGUAAUCACGUGUUAAUUGUUGGAUCACCGGCUUCACCUUACGCCAAACAUAAACCAAUUAACGUAAAACCUAUUUUCAUUCCAUCAAAAAAUUAAAGGGGAUUUAUUAGUUGCAUUAAGAUCUUUAAAGCGGCUAUGAAACGAAAUUUUACCAUGUAGUUUCUGAUUUUAUUGCACAUAGAGCAUUUGAUUGAAAUGACGUAAUAUCUUCAUAAAUAGAUUUACUUUAUUUUACUUCUUGAGAUAUUUCACUUUAUCAUCGUGUAGAAACACCACUGCGACAUCACAUUACAUAAUAACAUUUCAAAGACCACAAAUUUUUCGUAUCUUAAAAACAUUCAUUUUGCAUGUACAACAUUUUAAUAAAUAAAAAUGAGUAGAUGUA